CGUACCUCCUUUAUAGAUUCACGCAUUUCCCUCCCGCUCCUCUCUCGGUCAGCAAGCUUUCUGUCUUGAGCGGUCGCCGCCCUACUCAUACUCUCCGAGGGCUUUAGAUACAUUCAUCCUUUCUCUUUUACCCUGUCUCCUUUUCCCCCUUGAGUAGCAUCUCCCUUACUUCUACUACAACCCCUUUCGUUGUUUUGAUUUCCUCGUUGACCUCCUGAAGAGGCAAACCAGGUGGUUCAUCAUGGAGAAGGACGAGAUCGAGGCCAAGGCCGAGCCCCGGGGAGGGACCUUUGAGUCCCCGCCGCCUUUGUAUGGAGAAUCCGAGCCAACACAGGCGGGUCUUGGUCGCAGAAUAUGGGAUAGUUUCAAAAGGGAUCCAAAUGCCCAUGUCACGGCCGGCCAUACUUCCUCCGGUGCAGAUGGGAAGUCCUUCGAUAUCGAAAACGCCGCGCAGAAGACUGCUUCUUCACCCUUGCAGCGUAGCCUCAAGGGCCGUCAUCUGCAGAUGAUUGCCAUCGGUGGUUCUAUUGGUACUGGUCUAUUUGUCGGAUCCGGAAAAGUCUUGGCCACGGGUGGCCCAGCGUCGGUUCUCAUUGCUUAUGCUCUAAUCGGGUGCAUGCUUUACUGCACUGUACACGCACUGGGUGAAAUGGCGGUUCUGUUUCCCGUCGCAGGUUCAUUUGCGCACUACUCGACUCGGUUCAUUGAUCCGGCAUGGGGUUUCGCCAUGGGUUGGAACUAUGCGCUGCAAUGGCUCGUAGUGCUGCCGCUGGAAAUUGUAGCUGCGUCAAUUACCGUCGACUAUUGGCAAUCUGAUAUCUCGAACGCUGCGUGGGUCGCGAUCUUUUGGGUAUUGAUCGUCUCAAUCAACUUGUUCGGCGUCAGGGGCUACGGUGAGGCCGAGUUUGUCUUCUCACUCAUCAAGGUCGUUGCUGUUAUUGGCUUUAUAAUCCUCGGCAUUAUCCUGAACUGCGGCGGAGGUCCGAAGGGCGGGUAUAUCGGUGGACAGUACUGGCACAGUCCCGGUGCUUUCCAUAAUGGAUUCAAAGGUCUCUGCAGUGUCUUUGUCAACGCCGCGUUUGCCUUUGCUGGAACCGAGCUCGUUGGUUUGGCUGCGGCUGAAACUGCUAACCCUCGGAAAUCGCUCCCAACAGCUGUCAAGCAGGUGUUCUGGCGUAUUUGCCUCUUCUAUAUUGUAUCGCUCACCCUGGUUGGCCUUCUUGUUCCCUACGACGAUACACGACUUCUUGAUGGCAGCUCCAGUGCUGACGCCAAGGCCUCCCCAUUUGUGAUUGCCAUUAACAACGCUGGUAUCUCCGUGCUAGAUUCUAUCAUGAACGUCGUUAUCAUGAUUGCGGUCUUGUCUGUGGGCAACUCGUCAGUUUACGGCUCCUCUCGUACCCUAGCAGCUCUUGCCGAGCAAGGGCAAGCCCCCAAGUUUCUGGCAUACAUUGAUCGCAAGGGUCGCCCUCUCUGGGCAAUUCUAAUUGCCUCUUCCCUCGGGUUGCUCAGUUUCUUAGCCGCAUCGGACAAACAAGAAGUGGCCUUUGAGUGGAUGAUGGCCAUUUCUGGUCUCUCGUCCAUCUUCACCUGGGGUUCGGUUUGUUUGGCACACAUUCGCUUCCGCCGUGGCUGGAAGGCUCAGGGCCACAGCUUAAAAGAGCUCGCCUUCCAAUCACAACCGGGAGUUAUUGGCUCCUGGGUCGGGUUCUUGUUCAACUGUCUCGUUUUAGUCGUACAGUUCUGGGUUGGAUUCGCGCCAAUCGGUUAUAGCACUAUGACUGCUGGUGAGCUUGUUGAGGCCUGGUUCUCCGUAUAUCUAGCUGCCCCCGUUGUCCUGCUCUUUUAUAUCCCGUAUAAGCUCUGGUUCAAGACGCCAUUUAUUCGGGCCAAGGACAUGGACCUGCAAACCGGUCGUCGCGAUCUCGACCUUCAGUAUUUGAUUGAGCAGGAACGAGCCGAACAGGCAGAGUGGCCUGCGUGGAAGAAGGUAUAUAAGUUCUUCUGUUAGCAUCGGGAGUUUUAUGAUCAUUGUUUCGUUUCGCAGGCUUGAAAUUCACACGCUGAUCUCCACUGUACGAUUAUGACUAAUGUGCCUCUAUUCCGAUUCUGAUAACCCAAUCUCAUGGUUUUAGCAUUGCUCCUAGCAUGAUUGGUUGUCGUAAGCCUGUUUGAAUCCCAUUGCCUUGCUCCCUGUCCAGGCAUCGUCCAUGCGACCGCUGAGGCAGUUGUGCUAAGCUUUUGGAAUGUUGAUGUUGACACAGUCGUUCUCCAGUCUUGGCAUGUUUGUAUAUGGAGAACGUUCCAGACUGCUAUAGGUAAAGCUGAUACCGGCUGUAAGGAUGGUUGUAUUUGAUGUCCCCACGCUAUUUGUAGUGGUCCACAAACCGCGUAUUCCACCGUAAAUACGGUGUCACAACUUCCUAAAGUCUGGCCAAGAGUGUAAUAUUUCACGGUGCGGCCAAAAAUAGCUACCGGACUGAAACACGUGAGGCUGAGGUGGUUAUGGACUAGGUUGUCUCACAACGGUAAAUUA